GAAGGCAUUUCCCCCCCACAACAUGGCCACAGAGUCCAUCAUGGAGGAGUGCGUUCCUUCACCCGGUACUCCAGACUCCAGGAAGAGACCCUUAGAUAUCGACUCCGACGAUGCUAUGUCCAAGCGAUCACACUACAUUCCAGAUAUUUCAUCUUUUUCAGACAUGCAGAGUGAAGGGACAUAUCACCUCAAGAUCCUGGUUCCUAGUGUGGCUGCAGGGGCCAUUAUUGGUAAAGGAGGAGAAACUAUUGCACAGUUGCAGAAGGACACGACUGCCAGGGUGAAGAUGUCCAAAGCCAAUGAUUUUUAUCCUGGCACAUCAGAGCGAGUAUGUCUAAUCACUGGCAACGUAGAUGCCAUCUGCACAGUGCUGUCUUUCAUAAUGGAAAAAAUUAAAGAAAAGCCAGACCCAAAUGCAAAACCGGCCAUUGAUUUUGAUAACAAGAUGACAGCUGAAAGAGAGAAGCAGAUUUCAAGAAGUGCUCAUUCCCUGCAGGUGAAGAUUUUGGUCCCCAAUAGCACUGCAGGCAUGAUCAUUGGUAAGGGUGGCACUUACAUCAAGCAGAUAAAAGAAGAAAGUGGAGCUUAUGUUCAGAUCUCCCAAAAGGCCAAAGAUCAGUCAUUGGCAGAACGUUGUAUUACUGUCAUAUCAAAUGAUGUAGAGAAUAGCAAGAGUGCUUGCCUGAUGAUUCUGGCAAAGAUUGUGGAGGACCCUCAGAGUGGCACCUGCCUCAAUGUAAGCUAUGCUGACAUCACUGGCCCAGUGGCUAAUCCCAACCCCACUGGCUCUCCUUUUGCCAAUUCUCCAGGUGGUCAAAAUAUGCAGAAUGGAAGUUUGGGAUCCAUGAAUAAUCCACUGUCUGCAGUGAGUGGAUUAGGAAACCUUCUUGGUGGUGGAGUGAAUCUGACUCUAAAUCUGAGCUCUGCCUAUCCUAAUGGUGGUGCUGGAAACCCUGUGGUCACCGCCCAGCUUCUGGAGCAUGUGAGAUCUAUCCUUCGUAGUUCAGGGUUUGCUGACCAGUCUAAUGCUGAAGUGUGUCAGGCCAUCAACACACUAAUCAACUAUGGCAUUAUUGGGCUUGGGUUGGGUCUGGGCAACCCAUCUGGUCACCAGGGAGGACAUGGUGGUCAGGGAGGCCAAGGCCAAGGCAGUAUGGGAAACAACCCAAUGCUGCCCAAUAUGAACAAUUCGAACAAUCCAAAUGAUUCUUACCAUGGAUCAUCAAUGAGCAAUGGAAAUAAUGGCCCUUUUGGGCCCAUAGGCACCACAGUAGCUUCAGGCCUUAAUCUGGGACAGGGGUUGGGAGGCCCAACCUCUCCUCAACGUCAAGUGGACCGUUUCAGCUCAGAGCCUCCCUUUGACCCUUUCCGACGGCAAUCCUCAGAAAUGGGAGGUAGUCUGCCCUUGAACAGCAACUCCUUUGGGCUUGGCACCCCUUUGAGGAAGAGCCCCUCCCCUGGAGAACUUCCUCCAGGAGCACCAGAUGGUAGCAAGAAGGUGGAGGUGGAAGUUGGGGAGCACAUUGUUGGCGCCAUUUUGGGUCCUGGAGGAAAGUCUCUGGUGGAGAUCCAGCAUAUCUCCGGCACCACAAUCCAAAUCUCCAAGAAGGGUAACUAUGCUCCUGGUACUCGUAACCGCAUUGUCACCAUCACAGGUCUACCUUCAGGCAUCUCAACAGCGCAGUUUCUCAUUGAACAACGCAUCUCAGAGGAAGAGGGCAAGCGUGCCCGCCAAAAUGCCAUCAUGGGGGUCAUGCCUUAGGACAUAUGCUCAUUUUUCCAUCUCACACAUACUUGAUUCUACCCUUUUAGGGGCUUGAAAAUACUUGCAUACACCAUUAUAUCUCUCCUUUUUAAAUUUCUGUAACUGAUGUUGAUGUUUGAGUAUUUUAUAUAAACAUGAACAUUUCAAGCUCCAUCAUCAUAGAUUUCAGAGGUGCUUUUCAGUGUUCAGUGUGGGGGGAUCAGCAUCAUUACUUUCUCUCUCUCUCUCUCUCUCUCUCUCUCUCUCUCUCUCUCUCUCUCUCUCUCUCUCUCUCUCUCUCUCUCUCUCUCUCUCUCUCUCUCUCUCUCUCUCUCUCUCUCUCUCUCUCUCAAGGCACCUUUAUUUCCAGCCUAGGUCACAGAAGCUCACUGUUCAUAGCAUCAAAAUUUUUGUGUUCAAAUUUCACCUAAUUCAUUAAGCAUAUUCACUACAGACUUCAUAAUUGGCCAAGCUCUACUCCUUAGAUUUCCCCAGUCACCAACUACUGUCGUUUAGAAGACUCAUUUUGUUUAGGAGCAACUGUAAGUAUUCUCCAUUGUUCAGAUUGUUAGCUAUUGAUUUGUUCAACUUAAUAUUUUGUUAAGUUUUAUUAAUUUACCUCAGUAUGUAAAGGUUCCUGGUGAAGUGAACCUUCAAGUGGGUGUUGUCUGGGGCUGCAGCAUCCUUCACAGGUGGAGGACAGGCUUUCCUACAACUGCCCCUCUCCCCUUGUGCUAUUUUUGCCAGAUUUUCAUAACCAGAUCUGCAAAACUGUAUGCUGCUCAGUUGUACUAUAUAUAUUUGACAUAUUUUUAAGUGGAUUUAUUUUGUGUGUGAAAGAUUGAUUGAUUACAAUAACUGAAGUAAUUAAGAUACUUUAAAAGUUUAAUUUAACAAAACAUUUUAAGCAGAUCUGGCCAUGAACACAUCACAUCCAUCUCUCUUCUCUUCAGUCAGAGAACAUCCUACAUGGUUAUUCAUAUCAAAAGAUAUGAAUGUUUGGCAUCUUUGACUCAUGUUGAGUUUUUGUAUGCUGCUGCUGUCAGGAUAUCUGCUUAGACAACUAUACUGGGGAAGUCUCGUUUUAUUAAGGAAACUGUGAGGUCCUAAUUCUGAAGUAAUUAGCAUUUCAUGUCCCUCUUGGAGAGAUUAUUGUAGGUGGGGUGGGCAGUAUCUGUUGUUUGAAAAAGGGAAAGCAGUUAUAGCCUUAUAGCUGUGCAUAUGAUCUUAAUGGAGAAUCUUCUUUUGGGCUAGCUAAUACACUUUCAGUAUGAGUGUGUUGUAUGCAAAUAGAAUUUUCCCUUGGUACAAACUUUAUAGUUAUUAUUUUAAAAAGCUAGUUUAAAGGAAAGAAUUUCAGUGAUAGAUAAAAUUUUCAUUCAUAUUGUCUGAAAGUUUAGAAUCAAAAUUUCCAAGUUUCUCAACCAGGGGAUAGGCAGAAACAGUCAUACAUCUUUCUUCAUUAAAUAUCAUUGCUCUAUAAACAUGUAAAAAUUGGCAAUAAAUGUGUAUCCAUCAGUG